GGUCCGAUGGUGGUGGCGUUGGGGAGGGUCGUUCCAAUAUUAGCCAAGCUCAAGUCGAGCAGAUUUGCAUAGCGUUCGAAGACAACAUGGCCCGUGUCGCAGACGGCUUGGACGACCCGGCUGAAGCGCAAUCCAAGAUGGUCGCAGCCUUCAUUGAACAGCACUUCACCAUGCCAAACCUACUCAUAAUCCUGGGCCACAGCUUCACGGUCGGCAGUAGCCAGAACACUUUGCCACCGAUGGUCGAAGACUGCUUUGGCUCGUUUGCCCUGCGGCAUCCCCGCGAUCUCAAGAACGCCAUCGGAUUGACGGUUGGGGCAAAGGCCUGGAGCAAGCAUGCGCAUCGGGCGACAACUGGAUACUGGGGAUCUGUCAAAGGGACUACUCAAGAUAAGAACGAAACGGCCGCGAAGCUGCUCGCACGCAUAUUUUCUGAGGCCGUUUGGUUCAACAUCCACGCGCUGCCGCACAACAUCCGGGUCUACGAGAUCCGUACUCUGCAGGGGUAUGGGGCGCGGUGGUAUCUGACCGAGGAGCCGCUUCCUCCAGCGGACGAUCCAGAGCCAGGGACAGACCCCGAUCCCGACGCUGCAGCUCCUGAUCGCAUCGAUGCUCCGGCGAAGGCUCGGCCCGAGUCUCUCGGAGCCAAGCUGCGGAUCUCCGGCACCAUGGCCAUCGAGUUUCGUGGGUUCCUCGAGCCGUUCAUGGAGAACGGCCAUGAGGUCGGGUGGGUGCACUAGAACCGAGCUCCAUCGGCUCGAUGGUCCGGGGAGCACUCGAUGGCACGUCGUCUGAUGCAGCAAGAGGCCAAUUCAUCGAUCACCACCGAAUCCAGUCGAUCGAUGCGGCCAAGCCACGGAGCAUACGCUGUUCUCGGACGGACUUGGUAUCUGUCGCAGUCGAUCAACAUCAGCAACAGUCGACUGCCAGUGAGUGUGGUACCAUAUGCACUGUCCCAAGUGUCAAUCGGGCGUCCACGGAAACAUCGUCUCGGUGUGGCAUAUGCAAGCCCCCCAUGGUGCUGACUGGACGCAGUCAUGUUCUUCAGAAUACACAUGGUUCACACUCGCAGCAGCAGAUCCAAUAAACGACGAGCGGAUGCUGAUGA